GUGGAGUUAUACUUCUUGACUAUACACCGGCUCGUUUGGACAUAUGCCAAAAAACUACACUUUCGGUUUGAUUUUCUGGGUGUGUGGGACAAACCAGAAUGGCGAAGGCUAAUAAAGACAAAGAUUUAAUGGUAGCGGCCAUAGACUUUGGCACAACCUACUCUGGGUAUGCUUUUGGAAUGACAAGGGAGUUAACUGAGGACCCCCCAAAAGUAUAUUGCCCUACCUGGCACGCAGCUGAUGGUGGGCUUAUUUCUUACAAGACACCUACUACGGUGCUGUUAGAUGAAAACCGAGAACUUGUUGCCUUUGGAUUUGAUGCCGAGGAGCAGUAUGCAGAACUAGCUGACGAAAAUGACCAUGUAGAUCACUACUAUUUUCACAGAUUUAAAAUGAUGCUGUAUGAAAAAAUCAGAACAGCGAGGCUUACUUUGAAUGAAACUGUUAAAGACAUCCGUGGUAAAGAACUACCCGCCAUAGACGUUUUUUCUCAUGCCAUUAAGUUCAUGAAAAAUCACCUUGUGGAUAGCCUAAAACAAAAGGGAACAUCCAUCGUAGAAGAAGAAAUUUUCUGGGUCUUGACAGUUCCCGCUAUUUGGGAUGAUCCUGCAAAACAAUUCAUGAGAACAGCAGCAGAAAUGGCCGGAUUAAACGGUUCGAAAUUAACUAUUGCUCUGGAACCGGAGGCAGCCUCAAUUUGGUGUACACAUUUACCGGUGGAAAAACUCCAUGGUUCUGAAGGAAAGAUCAGCACUUUCCAAGAAGGAAGCAAAUAUCUUGUUCUUGAUGCUGGAGGUGGGACAAUUGACAUUACUGUACAUGAGGUCAAGGCAGAAGGAAAACUGAAAGAAUUAGAGAGAGCAAGCGGGGGAGACUGGGGCGGAACAAGCGUCGAUAAAGCCUUUAAGAAAAUGCUCUGCGACAUUCUAGGGGGAGAGGGGGCAAUGGAAGGAUAUAUUCAUCGUUAUACAGGCGACUACAUUGAGCUGCUCCGCGACUUUGAAAUCAAGAAACGAAAGAGAACUGACACAACAGAGGGGAAAAUUACCCUGAAAAUUCCCGUCACUUUCAUGGACACAUUUUCUGAUAUUAGAUCAUUAACAAACCAAUCCGUUUACAAACAAGGGAUAAAAUGGGAGGCUGAUAAACUCAGGAUUGAUUCCAAAACCUUUGAUGGUUUUUUUAAACCGGCAUGUAAAGGAAUAAUUGAGCAUGUAAAUGAACUGCUUCGAUUACCAAAGGUCAGAGGAAUUGAGUUUAUCCUAAUGGUCGGUGGCUUCUCCGAGUCUCCUGUUUUACAGGAUGCCAUGAAAAAGGCAUUUCCAAACUUGAAAAUUAUCGUUCCACAAGAGGCAGGUCUUGUUGUUUUAAAAGGCGCUGCUUUGUUUGGUCAGAAUCCAACAGUCAUAGAUUCGAGAAUUGCCCAGCGGACAUAUGGCGUAAAAACCAAUAUGACAUUUGAUCCUUCAAAGCAUGACGAAUCAAGAAAAUUUGAAGUUGAAGGAAUUUUUAAAUGCGAAGAUUUAUUCGAUACUCACGUGAAAAUUGGAGACACCCUCUUAUUGAAUGUGGCACAAGAGGAACAAAUCUAUACUCCUCUGAGAGCAAACCAGACGGCUAUUGGCAUCCCUCUGUACAAAUCAAUAAAAGCCAACCCAAUGUACACCGAUGAUCCUAGUUGUACAUACCUUGGAACUCUGGAAGUGGCAAUGCCAGAUCUAACAGGGGGAAAAGAUCGUAAGGUGAAGGUCAGUCUUAUUUUUGGUGGAACUGAAAUAGAAGUCAAAGCAGUGGUGGUGAAAUCAGGGAAAAUUUCAAGUGCAAAGUUUAACUUCCUCGAAGAAGAACCAUAAAGUUAAAAAAAUAUAGAAUCAACGGAAGGAGUCUGCCACAGAAACAUUUCUGUGUAUUUUUUAAUUUCCAUACUAUUAAGAUUGUUAAAGUUAAAAUAUUAUCAACGUUUAUACCUCACUGCAUUAUAAUCAUUAGAAGAGGUGGAAUUCAACAUGCAGAUCAGUAAAGAUGAGUUUGGCCGAGUGAAAUAGACAUUUUCUAUCUUUUAUAUAUCAAUGUUUCUGUUUAUUUUAUAUGCUUAUCCCCAAAACACAUUCUCGAACAAAAUAAAUUGAAUGCACUGAGGUGUAUAUAUUUUUGGAUUUUUUUUUCAAUUCUAUUACUGUAUAUAUUAAAGUAUCAAGAGGUUCAAAAUGUUCACAUACAUUUGAAACUUAAAUUGAGAAAACCUGAAGAAAAAUGAAUUUAAUUUAGUUUAACAUUAAGGUUACUACUUAUAUUUAAUGAAUAAUAAAAUAUUUUAGAGUCUUUUUCGACUUUUGGUGGAAAAGUUUGUUACUUAGCAAGUGGUCUUAAAGAAAAGUGUGCAAGUGUAUUUUACUCAAUAAAUAU